CACCGACUGGAGUGUGUCGUGCCGAUUGUCUUGUCGAUCGAUGGCCCGACGCCCCGGAACUACACAUACGUCCACCCACCCACCAUAUGUAUGAUAGUCCAUCCAAUCCACUCAAUGUGUCUGACAGAUCCGAUCCGUGUCAUCCCGCUUGGCCUGGCUGUGCUUCACACAGGGGACGCAUUGCGCCACACAUACACACACACAUAUGCAUGCCUACACCCAGCGCGGCGUGCAUAUCGUCAAUCGGGGAGGGAGCUGACCUGACACAGAUAAAUAGUAGCCUCUCGCACCCAUCCCAACCCCUACUCACACGACCAGCUCGCUGCACACACCACCACCUCUCUAGCACCUAGUGACAAAACCACCCACUGCCCAACAUGUCGGUCUGUCUGUCUGUGUGCCUGCCUUCGUUCCCACACACAAACCGACAAGUCCUCUCCAUGCGGGGACGAAAAAGACCCGCACAGCCCUCUCUGCGUCGUGUUCACUGUGACACGGCUGCCAUGAGGUCCCUGUACCGAGUGUCAAGCGUCGCCGAGUCCCCUUGCCUCUGCCGCUCACUGAUCAGCUGGGCCGCCUCACUGCCUGUCGCCGUCACGGCCUCAAAGAUCUGACACACACACACACACCAAUCCAAACCAGCGUAUGGACAUACACCCAGUGUCCAUCUCACCCAGCCCCCCACCCACCUUAUUUUUCGACACUUCUGGCCGGCAGAGUGCUUGGGCGCAUAGAUCUGCCACCUGCUGCCUGCUCACGAUACCGCCGUACUUCUCGUCUGCCCCAUACACCACCAGCGGGUGUUCCCUCUCGUAGUCGUCACCGGCCCUUUCAAGCCCGCCUGGCCUCACAAUGGUGUACUGGAGGCCGCUCUUCUCCAAGAGUCGUUCAGACUGCCUCUUGAUGAGAAGAAUGCCGCCGAACAGGUUAAGUGAUGACGCCGGGAGGCCGAAGGAGCCUGUGCCGAGGCUGGUCACUAGAACAAAGUGCCGCAGCAGCUGAUUGGUCUCUGUGGAGUACGGUGCAGUGGCAGCCGAGAUGCGGAUGAGAUUCUGAACACACACACAUACACAUGCUGACACACUCAUGUGUUGUUUGUCAAGGUUGGCCACUGACCUGUGUAAUCUUCCCGUCGACCGUCGAUGGUGCGGCAAGAGAGAGAGAGUUAGCCCCCAGCGCGCACACGACGAAUGGGCAGCCCUGGAUGGCCCUGCUGAUGCUGUCCUCGUUCAUCCCAUCCCACUCUCUGAACUCAAGCCGGCCCUUGAUGUCCUCCUCUUGCCCAAUGAAGCUGCUGUUGGCAUAGAUCGCCUCCGCCCGAGUGAUGCCGCCCGGUCGCACCCCCGCAACAACACGCCAGCCCUGUUCCAGCAGCGAUCGGACGACCCGCCUGAAGAGUUCGUCCCACCCUCAAUCAAAGACCACCAGAGGUGCGUGCGAUAUAUAAGUGUGCGGUAAGUGAUUACCUACCGUCCAGUGCGCCCAGUAGCUCCAGCGACGAACACAGGCCCCGAUAGAGGCUCCAGCGACGUCCACGGCUGACCGCUGGCCUGCUCUUCCCUAUCGGCCUUGACGACGGGCGGCGACGCCGACAACUCGUCGUCACUCUCUCGGCUGCUGCCGCCUUCGAUCGGUAUCUCUGUGGCUCUUGACCUGCCGGGGAAGCGGUCCACGAGUGUCCUCAGCAGCCCCUUCUGUGAGCUGAGACCGAGGUAGCUGAGGGCGGCGCGGAGCCGUUGCCGCGGUGUGGGCUGCCUGAUGAUGUAUGCAGAGCGACGUGCGAUAGACGCGAGGGGGCCGCCGAGUGUCACCCGGUCGCCCAGGGCCGCCACUGAGCCGUCCAGUGGACCGAAGGUCAGCAUCUCGCCAAGCUUGGUGUACCUGCAGCCAACCAACACCAUGAACAACAUGCCAUGCCGGUCGGGUAGGUAGAGUUGUGGAUGUUUGGCAUCUGCUUGACAUGACAUGCAUCUCGCCAAGCUUGGUGUACCUGCAGCCAACCAACACCAUGAACAACAUGCCAUGCCGGUCGGGUAGGGAGAGUUGUGGAUGUUUGGCAUCUGCUUGACAUGACAUGCGCCACGCACCGCACGGCACGCACCUGUAUGCGAGUGGCUUUUUGUCGUUGUACGAUGCCCAUAUGUUCCAGACGAGGUAGUCGGCCUGCUGGAAAGCCGCCUGUGCAGUGCCCUCACCCUCCACUCCUCCCAGGUCAGCCACGUCACCGAUCGCAUACACAUCCCCAAGACCCUUGACUGCCAAUGUCCGCUCCACCGCCAGCCGACCGCCCCUGCCCCUCUCCACCCUGCCGUUGACCAUGUCAGCGAGGCCGCUCGCCCUCACACCAGCCGUCAUGAUGACUAGGUCGGCCGGCAGCACAGAGGAGUCCUCACUGCCCUUUUUCUGCACCACCACCUCGCUGCCCGACGUGUCGCUUGCUGGCCGGAUGGAGGCCACGCUUGUCUCCAGGCUGACGUCGACGCGAGCCUCGCGCAGCGCACGGAUGGCCUGCUUGCGGUUGUGCUCGGCGGAGAGGGGCAUCAGCUGGGGGCCCCUGUGCAGCAGGGAGAUCUGGGGUGGGGGGCUCUGUGAGGAGAGGGCGGCAGCGAGGUUGGUGGCGAGCUCCACACCGAUGUACCCGCCGCCAACCAAGACGACGCGGGCUGGGCGGUCCCGAAUGCGCUGCAACAAACAUGCCAGGACAGGUGAAGGAGAGCGAUCGAUGCGUGAUCUGCUGUGCCUGUGUGCCUGUUCGUGUUCGUGCUACACCUUGAUGCGUUGUAUCUCCUUUUUGAGCUGAAUAGCGUCAUUGAGGGCUGUGAACCUCAGCGCCCUCUCCACUCCAGGGAUGCCCCCCGCCGACGGCUCCCCACCCAUCGCAAGCACCAGCCUCCCGUAACCCAGCUCCCUCCUUUCUCCUCCUGCACCGCUGACGCUCAGCUUCUUCCCAUCGACGUCUAUGCUGUCGACCCUGCCCUUGACGAAUCGUAUGCCGGUGCCGUAGAGCAGCUCCCUGAACAGCGGCGCCACCUCCGAUUGCUCGGCGGUGCCCACGGCCAGCUCGUAUAGCAGCGGCAGGAAGACGAACUGGUCCUUGGUGUCUAUCAGUGUGAUCUCGGGCUGCACCUUCCACGGCAGCUUGCUCAGACCCAAGGCCGUCAGCAGACCGCCGAAACCGCCGCCCACGAUGCAGAUGCGAUUCGCUGACGACUCGGCAUCGCUGCCGCUGGUGCGGGCAGAUGCAGCAGUGCCGUCAGCGGCUGCUGGCAGUGCUAUGCCGUUCCUGCGGAUAGAUCUGAUGGACGAGAUGGAUGCCGAUGGCUGCAGCCGUGAUGGUGAUGAGUGGCGUGGCGUGUUGCGUGGUAAGCGUGGUGCUGAGAUGCGGAGGAAAGCUGCGCGGGCGCUGAUGUCGUGGUCUGCAUGACAGUAGAUCAGGGACAGGGUGAGAGAGAUCAAGAGCUGCAGCGGCAGGCACAUUUCAACAAACGUCCUCAUUGUCUGUGGUU